AUGCCAUGGAAGACAGCUAGCACACAGCAAGGGCAGGGGCAAGCCGCAAGGAAUGCAGGCUACGUUGCCGCCGCCGUGGCCGUGCUAGCGGUUUGCGCGGGGGUCUGGCACAAAGGUGCCACACCGGCUUCGGCGCCCGGACCUGGUGAGACAGGCAGGCAAACGCCCAUACCAUCAGCCGCCCUAGCAGCUCUUCCAUCAUCUCCCAGCGAGUGGCGGGUGUUGUCGGAGUUCCCGAGGAUCUACGUGGCGGAUGGAUUCUUGAGCCACCAGGAGUGCGAUGUCUUGAGGAGCCAGGUGGCUGGCAGGCUGGAACCUGCAAAGGUGGUAGAGAAGGAGGAGAACAAGUACGACCAGCAGGCCAAAGUCCGGAACAACAAGCAGAUAUGGCUGAACCGAACUGAGGAAAGAGAUCUCCCAGAAGUCUUUCACAUCCUCAAGCGCAUGCACCGGGCAGCGCUCAUCCCGGAGGAUGAUGCAGAGGCUUUGCAGAUAGGUCACUACAGUGUUGAGGAGAAAUACGAGACGCACCAAGACUCGGACCCACGGAGUGGCGUCGCCAGACCAGCGACCAUGAUCGUGUACCUGAACGACGUGGAGGAGGGUGGUGAGACACUGUUCCCCCUCAGCCACCGGCGGGAGUGCAACAUGCGAUGGCGGCGUGAUGCAGAGGGCAACCAGAGGUUUGGCAUCCAGAACUGCUGCGAUCGGGAGGACCUGCUGCGGAUCUCAGCCAAGAAGGGCCGAGCUGUGCUCUUCUUCAACCACGACAUGGGCGGUGACCGGGACAUCCUGGCCGAACAUGCUGCGUGUCCUGUAAAGCAGGGCGAGAAGUGGAUAGCACAGAGAUGGUUCCGCUACCAGCCCUACCAGCGGCUCAUCCAUCCUUUGGAUGCCCGCUUUGAUGGACUUCCACUGGUUCCAACGGGCGGGAGCCGAGAGCUUCGAGUGCUGUCGCAGAAGGCGCCCAGCGUUUAUUUGAUUGAGGAUUUCCUGGGUGAGGAGGAGGUGCAGCUGUUGUUGAGCCUAUUGGGCGACGCCCGGGAGCGCUGGGUGAGCCAUGAGGAGACGAGAAGCUCCGUGCUGAACGCAGUGGUGAAGCGCAUGCACCAGGCAGUGCGCCUGCCCGAGACAGCUGCUAGCUUGCGACUGCGGGCGCCGGGUACCCGGGAAAUCCGAGACUUGUCGCGAAAGCGCAAUCGAUUCGACCCAUCCGACGGCGGCCCUCCUGAUCUGGACGACACCUGA